AUGAUUAAGAAUAAUCGUAUUCAUCAUAAACCGCAUUUAUUCAAAUCCUUCUUCAAAUCAAUAAUAAAAUCAUUCGCUACGAGCCCUCUUCCCCUAUCAGAUCCUUCAGCUGGACUUUCAUUUUCUACAGUUACCCCUUGUGAAGAAGACCAUAGGUCCUUGUGCUUUUCCCUUGCUGAAAACCUAAUUAAACGUGGGCUUUUAUCGUCUGCUCGAAGAGUUAUUCAGCGUCUUAUUUCACAGUCGCCUACCAUCACUGAUGAGAUUUCCGUCAUUAAUUUUGCUCUCUUCCAAGGUCUGGAACCUGACUUCUCCACUUAUUCUUCUCUCAUUUAUAGACUUGUGAAUGCGGGUGAAACCCGGGUAGCUGAAAAUUUGUAUAUUGAUAGGAUACUGAGACGCAGGCUUAAGCCUGACGCUCCAUUGUUAAGUUCCAUGACAAUCUGUUAUUGCAAAUUAGGGAAACUCAAAGAGGAAAAGGACCAUUUCCAGAAGCUUAUUGGGUUGAAGUCAUUUUCUAUUGCAAGAGUCUGUUCCAACCUACUUCGUGAGGUGUUUGCACAAAAUAGAUUCUUUGAUGCAUAUGAUUACUUUGUUAGGGUUAAUGAUGCUGGGAUUUUACUUCCUGUUUCAUGUUAUAAUAUGCUGGUUGCGGGGUUGUCAUUUAGAGGGUACGUUGAUGAAGCUCUCCAAGUGUUUGAUACAAUGCUUGAGAGAGGUGUGCCAUCUGUAUCUCAUUUGUGGAAGUCACUUGUAUUUGGUUUCUGUAAGAUGGAGAGAGUUGAGGAGGCUGAACUGCUGAGUGCAGAGAUGGAAUCCCAUGGUUUUUAUGUCGAUAAGGUUAUGUAUACUAGUCUUAUUAAUGGUUACUGUAAGAACAAGAAAAUAAAAAUGGGGAUGAGAUUGUUUUAUAAAAUGCUCAAGAUGGGUUGUCAGCCAGAUGCUUAUACUUACAAUACAUUGAUACAAGGGUUUGUUAAUUGCGGAUUAUUUGAUAAAGUGUGGGUUUUACACAAGCAUGUGAUUGAGUUGGGACUUGAGCCUGAUGUGUUGACCUACCAGAUUAUGAUCAAUAAAUUUUGUAAAGAAAAGAAAGUUGACUGUGCAUUGGCAAUGCUAAGUAGUAUGUGUAGUAGGGGCAUAACACCCAAUGUCCAUUGUUAUACACCCAUCAUCCCUGCACUUUACAAAGAAAACAGGGUUGAAAUUGAUGAGUUAUACCAAAAGAUGCUGGAUUCUGGAGUGAUACCCGAUCAAGUUUUGUUUUUUACACUAGUUAAGGAGUACCCAAAAGGGCAUGAGCUUCAUCUUACACUCAAGAUUUUGAGUGCUGUUGCUAAAUAUGGUUGUGGUAUCGACCCUUUAGUUACUACCAAGAACAUCGAAUACAAAAUCGACUAUCUUUUAGGUAGAAUCAUUGAAAGUAAGCCUCAUCUUGUUAAUCUAGCUUAUAGUAUUUACAUUAUUGGAUUAUGCAUGGGAGGAAAAAGUGAUGCUGCUUUGCAUACUGUGGUUUUCAUGGUGAAUCUUGGAUUUCAGCCUUUGAUCUCAGCUUUUAACUCCCUAAUCAAGUGUUUCUGUCAAGAAGGAUUUGUUGAGCAUGUGAAUGCCCUCAUUGAACUCAUGGAAGGCAUGGGCAUUGUUCCAGAUUCCACAACUUAUUUGGUGAUGGUUAGUGAGCACUGCAAGCGUGGUGACGUGGCAUCUUCCUUUGAUGUUUUGAGUCAAAUGGAUGACAAGAGAAUGAAGCCUAAUGUUGCUAUAUUUGAUUCCAUUAUCGGUUGUUUGGGUAAAGAGAAGAGAGUUUUGGAUGCACAUGAUAUGUUCAGAAAGAUGCUGCAAAGUGGUAAAAAACCUGAUGAUGUUUUGUAUGUCAGAAUGAUAAAUGUCUACUCCAAGAAUGGACAAGCAGUUGAAGCUAACAGACUUUUUAACCGCAUGAUAAAACACGGGAUACAACCAAGUUCACGUGCUUACUCAGCGAUUAUAAGUGGAUUCAUUAAGAAAAAUAUGGUUGAAAAGGGUGUCAUGUAUCUUGAAAAUAUGUUGAAAGAUGGUUUUAUGCCAAAUAAAGUGCUAUAUACCUCCAUUAUUGAUCAGUUUUUAAGAAAAGGGGAGCUUGAAUUUGCAUUCAGACUAGUUUCAUUAAUGGAAAGAGGUCAUAUAGAGUGUGAUGACAUCACCUACAUCACAUUGAUCAGUGGCAUAUCCAGGAAUCUUCAAUGUUACACGGGCACAUGGAAUGAUUCUCAUACAAAGUCUGGAAAAGAAAGGGAAAAGCUCUAUCAGUUACUUUGUGAAAAGACAUUGUUGCCCAUGGAGAAGGAUUCAAGGAUUUUUAUAAGGACCCAUGAAGAUAUGAAGUUAUUCGCAACGAAAUUAAUAAAAGGGAUUAAAGAUACUUGCGAUAUGCCUAAUUUAUACUUAUACAACUCCAUUUUAUCUGGAUAUUGUCGAAUGGGGAAGUUUGAGGAAGCAUAUGAACAAAUUGAUAUGAUGCAAAAACAGGGUGUGGGACCCAAUCAGGUAACAUUCACCAUUCUGAUCAAUGGACAUAUUCAGGCAGGUGAAAUUGAUAUUGCUGUUGGGUUGUUUAACAAAAUGAAUUCUGAUGGCUGCAUUCCAGAUAGAAUUGUAUAUAAUAUUAUGAUAAAAGGAUUUUGUAAGAACAAGAGACCGAUUGAUGCGUUAUCUCUUUCAUAUGGAAUGUGUAAAAGAGGUUUUGCUCCUAGCAAAAUUGCUUAUGAGUACAUGCUUAUUAGUCUUUGUGAUUCUCGUUUGGUGAAUGAAGCAUUGAGUAUAUUUGAAGAUAUGAUGAUGGGGUAUAAUUAUUUACCUUCUCAACAUAAUGGUGAAUGGUUGUUUCGGAUUUUAAUGGAAGAAAAGAAAUGGCAUGAAGCUCAAAUGGAGGGAUCCCCUUGGGAAAAAGAUUGUAAUGAAGUGGGGAUUAUCUUGAUUUGGGCAUCAAUGUCAUUCUGGUUAUUAAUAUGUAUAUCCCAACUUUGGCUGUGCAUCAGAUAGUUGCUUGAAAGAAGCAAAGAUUCAUAUUAUCAUGAGCAAGUGGGCAACGACUCCAGCAUAUGCACAAAUGAUCAUUUAUAUGUUGGGGAAGAAGCAGGAAGUGGCA